GGAAGUGACGAUUUUUAAGAUCGGCGGAGCCAAGCAGGUCGGAGAGAACCUGUGUUCCCCUGCGGAAAGUCGCAGCCCAGCCCCGCUGAGGCCCGUCCACCGAGUCCACGGCCACCUGCACCAUGCCGAUGACGCUGGGUUACUGGGACAUCCGCGGGCUGGCUCACGCCAUCCGCCUGCUCCUGGAAUACACAGACUCGAGCUAUGAAGAAAAGACAUACACGAUGGGGGACGCUCCUGACUAUGACAGAAGCCAGUGGCUGAAUGAAAAAUUCAAGCUGGGCCUGGACUUUCCCAACCUGCCCUACUUAAUUGAUGGGGCUCACAAGAUCACCCAGAGCAACGCCAUCCUGCACUACAUUGCCCGCAAGCACAAUUUGUGUGGAGGGACAGAAGAGGAGCAGAUUCGUGUGGACAUUUUGGUGAACCAGGCUAUGGACAUCUCUAAUCAGCUGGCCAUGGUCUGCUACAGUGCUGACUUUGAGAAACUGAAGCCCCAGUACUUGGAGGAAAUUCCUGAAAAAAUGAAGCACUUCUCACAGUUCCUGGGGACACGGCCCUGGUUUGCAGGGGACAAGAUCACCUUUGUGGAUUUCCUCACUUAUGAUGUCCUUGACCUGCACCGUAUAUUUGAGCCCAAGUGCCUGGACGCGUUCCCCAACCUAAAGGACUUUAUGGCCCGUUUUGAGGCAGGAUGUCAGGCACAGUGGAGAUGCAGAGAUGACCAGUCCAAUCUGGAAGCGAGUGCAGUGGGGGGACUGCUGGCACUGCAGACUGUGAGGUGGCCUGAAGAAGAUCUCUGCCUACAUGAAGUCCAGCCGCUACCUCCCAACGCCUGUGUACACAAAGGUGGCCUUCUGGGGCAACAAGUAGGGCCUCAUAAGGCCCAGAGAUGGCAGUGAGGAGCCCGUGCCCAGCCUGCUUCCUUGGGCUCUGCAGAGCAGUGGACUGUCUGCACCCCAAGUUGCAGCCUUCUUGUCGCUCUGCCCUUUUCAUUCCCUUCUCCUCUCCAAGGCCUCAUUGGCGCUUUUUACUUCCCCAACCCCUGUCCCGUCCAGGCCCUUUGAAGCCUCAGUGUCCCACUUUCCUUCAGCAAGGUUCCCUGCCACCUUUCCCCUUCCCUGCACUAAGGCCACCCUGACUUCCUUCCUGCUGGCAGUUGUGUCUGUGCAGCAGAGCCCCGAGCUGUCCCAGCAGGGCCCGAGGAUCAGCUUUGCCUGCUGUGGGGGCCCUGGUCCCCAGCGUGGUCCCUGCAUGAGGCCUACCUGAUCCCUAGUAAAGCCCAAACACAUUUGCUCUGU